AUGCAUUCAAAAGAUACGCCUCUGGGGACAUCAGAUAAAUCUUAUGCGGCGACACUAUUGCUUCCCAAAACCGACUUUCCUCUUCAAGUAGAUGCCAUAAAACGUGACGAGCAGUAUCGACAGAGGACAACGGUUGAAUUGUACGACUGGCAAGCGGAAAAUAAUCCUAAAGACAGUUUUAUUCUUCAUGAUGGUCCACCAUAUGCGAAUGGACAUUUACAUAUUGGCCAUGCAUUAAACAAAAUUUUGAAAGAUAUAAUACUACGUUACAAGAUUUUGCAAGGACACAAAGUGAGCUACAUACCUGGAUGGGAUUGUCAUGGACUUCCAAUUGAAUUAAAAGCCCUAGAGCGUCAACGUGGACAAGGCUCUGCUCUGUCACCCCUCGAAAUUCGCGAUUUGGCCCGCAAAACAGCAUUGGAAGCGGUGAAUAUACAAAAAGCGGAAUUCCUUAGUUGGGGUCUUAUUGGCGAUUGGGAGAAUGCAUAUCUCACUUUAGACAAAGAUUACGAAGUUCGACAGCUGAAAGUGUUUCAUGAAAUGAUGAAGAGAGGAUAUAUUUAUCGACAGAAUAAACCUGUUUACUGGUCACCUUCAUCAAGAACUGCCCUUGCUGAAGCGGAACUGGAAUACCCUGAUGAUCAUAAGAGUAUAUCGAUUUAUGCUACUAUGGUAAUCGAUAAACUACCUUUACCAUUGCAGAAUAUUUUACCGACAGACCAGUCUAGGGUAUCCAUUAUUGUCUGGACCACCACGCCAUGGACAUUGCCGUCUAAUCAAGCGAUUGGAAUCAAUCCAGAUAUGAAAUACUCUUUCGUUGAAGUAGAGGGUGACAAAAAGGAAUAUUUCCUAAUUGCAAGUGAGAGAUUGAGUGAAGUUCAGAAAGAUGUUAAUAUCGUAGUAAACGAAGUUUUGGCAGAGAUACUUGGCUCUUAUUUAAUCCAUACUACUUACCGACAUCCAAUAUAUGAUACAAUCCACAAAGUAAUUGCUGCGUCCUAUGUAAACGAGUGCUCUGGCACUGGUCUUGUACAUUUGGCUCCUGGUCAUGGUAUGGAAGAUUAUGAGGCGUGCAAAGCCCAAUCAAUAGCCAUUUUCUCUCCUGUAGAUGAUUUUGGCAGAUUUACCAAAGACGUCAAGAUACCUGACUUUGUUGGUAAGAACGUGUUGACAGACGGAACAGAGGCUGUUAUCGACUACUUGCGGUCGAACGGAAGACUGCUUAAGCAACAGCAAUAUGAACAUAAGUAUCCAUAUGACUGGAGAACAAAGAAACCAGUUAUAUUGAGAGCAACACCGCAAUGGUUUGCUAACGUUGAGGAAAUCAAAAAAAGGGCUAUUGAAGCAUUACAGAACGUGAGGAUGUUGCCCGAGACUGCAAGACAUCGGCUGGAAUCAUUUAUACUGUCACGUAACGAAUGGUGUAUAUCUCGACAACGAGCUUGGGGAGUUCCAAUACCUGUUCUAUACGAUAAAGAAACAGGAGAUCCAUUAUUGACAAAUGAAUCAGUACAGCAUAUUACCGAAAUCAUAAGAGAACAUGGGUCAGACGCAUGGUGGACCAUGGAUGAGAAUGAGCUGAUUGCUCCCGAAUAUAGAAAUAAUGGAUGCGGUUAUCGCAAAGGAAUGGAUAUUAUGGAUGUAUGGUUUGAUAGCGGGAUUAGUUGGACUUUAAUUGAUGAGAAGUUAAAACGGGAAAGUCAUCGCUCGGUAGCUGAUUUAUAUCUCGAGGGCAGCGACCAACAUCGUGGUUGGUUUCAGUCAUCGCUGCUAACUUCUGUCGCUGUAUUAUCGAAGUCACCUUACUCGAUGUUAGUUACCCAUGGCUUUGUACUUGAUGAAAAAAGUCGUAAAAUGUCCAAAUCUGUUGGAAAUGUUGUCAGUCCUGUUACAGUUACUCAUGGUGGGAAGGGCAAGAAAGCCAAUGGUGCUGAUGUCCUCCGACUUUGGGUUGCAUCUUCAGAGUAUACAUCAGACGUUACUAUAGGGUCAAAGAUAUUAGAGCAGAUAGCAGAUUACUUAAAGAAGUACAGGAAUACGGCUAGAUUCCUACUUGGAAAUAUAAAUACUUUUGACUAUAAAAUGCUGUUGGAUUACAGUCAACUGAAGUCGGUGGACAAGUACAUGCUUCAUGAAUUGUACCAUUUUGGUAAAACUGUGACGAAUGCAUAUAAUGACUUUGCAUUUAUUAAAGUUAUGCAAGCAUUGAAUAUUUUCACGUAUUCUUCACUUUCUGCGUUUUACUUUGACAUUGUAAAGGAUACUUUAUACGCAGAUUCUGCACAGAGCUUGCGUAGACGCAGCGUACAAACCGCGUUCUAUCAUAUACUUACUACAUACAUGCUUUCGCUGGCGCCGAUCGCUCCCCACUUAGCUGAGGAGAUCUACUCACAUUUCAAACAUGUUGGUGCAGUAAAACACAGCUCAGUGUUUAAGCUUGGGUGGAUGGAUCUGAAUCCGCAAUGGGACAAUCCACAGUUGCAAAGCGAAUGGGAAGUCUUGAAAAAGUUCAGAAGUGAAGUAAACAACGUACUUGAAAAAGCAAGGAAGAACAAAAUAAUAAAAAGUUCAUUAGAAGCAGCGGUCGACAUCUACGUCUCUGAUGCUUCAAGCCUCUACACUCUUCUUCAAAAAUAUGAAAAAGAUCUAGAUCUCAUACUUAUCACAUCCAACGCGAGCAUCAUCACAGACCGAGCUGUUGAUGAAAAGCAUCAUUUUAUGCUAGAUAUUGAAAAUUUAGGUGGUGGAAGCAAUUCAAAUAUUGUGGUCAAAAAAGCAGCCAAGCACAAAUGUCCAAGGUGUUGGAUAUAUAAUGCAGAUGAAGGAAAGCUUUGUAAACGAUGCGAGGCAAUUAUUAGUAUAUAA